CGCAUGUCGACGUCCAAUCAAGGCUCUUGUGGGAAUGUCCAUUUCCAGGCCUGCUCAUCUGGUGAUCCCACUAUAUUCACAUUGAAGAGGUCUACGCGAAGGAAACAGCUGGAACAGCAGAGAGCUAUUUGUUGCAAUUUCCCUUCCCCCACGGCCGGUCGAAAGAACGUCUCGCGUUCCCAUUGCAGGUGUCAUGCCACCGGACCUCCGACACAAUGGCCGAGUUCGACUCUGAAGACCACUACUCUGAUCAAUCCGGAGAUCAAGAGCAGACACAGACGACUCGACGCAAGAGAAGACGAACCGCACACGCUGUAAGGGCUCCUUGUUGCCUUAGAAAGGGCAAAGCGUGCUAAUGUUAGAGUGUGACCGCUGUCGUUCGCGGAAAACGCGGUGAGGAAAACUGCCGUCAUCUAAAAUUCGGUCCUUGAUGUGUUAUUUCCAGGUGUGACGGACAGACGCCGUGUGCGACUUGUCGCACGACUGACUGGGAAUGUACAUAUGAAAUGGAGGCUCCUUCGUAAGCACUCCGGACUUAUCGUGUCAUCAUGUCUUACACGGGAACCCUUAGGAAAGGUAAAAGUGAUCUGAUCCUGGCAGCUGUGUUGCGCGUGGAGAGGUUGCUCAAACAAAGAGAUACGUGCAUCAUCGACUCUUCUCACCGCGCCGGGUUCCAAUCUCCAAAUGGUGACAUGCCCUCCGCGAGUGCUCCCUAUUCUAUGCCCACAAACCAACGGGACACCGUUGAAGUCCCAUUGCAGAAAUGGCUGCACAGCGUUCAAAAUGCAAGCCUAUCUCCAUUGCACAUCUCAACCACGGAAAAUAUCCUGGCAUGGCCCCAUUUUGACUGCUACCCGCUCCUCCGCGAAGCCGAAAGAGUAUCCAUUUUCAACUUAGAACAAGGCCGAGCACCUUCGGCUGGUAUGGAGCUCUCACCUGUGCUCCCAUUCAUCAGUAUCGGCGAGAUCGAAGCCAUAACUAUGGCGUUCGAGCAAAAUAUCAACUUCUGGUACCCGACCAUGUCAAAAGGCAUGCUAGAUCAACUAAAGGACAAGCUGUCUACGGGCCGCUUGAGCAACGAUUGUAACUCCUGCCUGGCCCUUCUAGUCAUGGCUCUAAGCUGUGCCUGCGAAUUCACAGUGUCCACAUUACGGGAUGAUCUGGAAGGAGAUACGAAUUCUCUGCCUCGGAGGAAGAAGAUGGGAGAAAUGUAUUUCGACUGUGCAAUGAACAGAAUGCAUAUUCCGCACCAGGAAGUCAGCAGGGCUGCGUUGCAUUGUCUCUUAUUCACCGCUUUCUACUUUGCCUUUUCUCAGAGGCCUCUUCAGGCAUGGUCUUUUAUCGACGCAGCCGCCACCAAGUGCCGAGUGCUUCUGGCGUACAGGCCGGCCGGAAUUUCUCAAGAUGAACAAGAGUGUAUUCACCGAAUUUUCUGGUCCUGCUUCAUUCUGGAAAGCGACUACAUCGCCGAACUGUCCGCCCUGCCCCUUUCUGGUAUCUCGGACAUGGAAUCCUCAGUCCCUCUGCCAGGUCAGUUCCAUACGCACACUACCGUCGAAGAUGAAGAGCACUCGGCUAUGUACUUCCUAGCCUGUCUCUCCAUGCGUCGGCUCCUCAAUCGGGUCCACCAUCUUCUAUAUAGCAAAGAUACAGGUGCAAGUCUGGAUGACCGGCGCUUUCCCCAUAUGGUUACCGAGCUUGAUCACCAGCUCGAAGACUGGCGCCGGCUACUCCCUCCAGUAUUCAGCUUCACUCUCAAUAAGGAGCCGGCCCCGAAUUCGCAGGCUGGUUUUCUCAGGCAGAGAUACCUCACUUGUCGCAGCGUGAUCUACAGACCGUACCUAAUGCAGAUGCUCAAUCCGUCCGGGCGCGUUGAUCAGGAAGGUUGGGAGAAAUGCAAGAAGUGUCUGGAUGCUUGUAUCGAGCACAUCCUCAAUCUGCGAAGCUUUCCACAUACUGUUUUCGUGGAUACCUGGAUUUGUUCGCUGUCCAUGGCAGGAGCAAUGCUGGUUUUACUGGCGGGAUGCCGAAUUCCCGGGGUGCAACAAUAUAUAUAUCCUGAAGUCACCAUGCUGGGAUCGCAUCUUCAGAGCCUUCUAUCCAAAUGGAUCACCAUACCGGGCGAGCCACCAUCACCCAGUGUGAAACAGGCCAUUCGGUGGAUUGAGGUCACCGACAGGCUGAUUAAAGGCGAGCAGUGAGAUGCACUGAUGCAUCUGGAGGGGACUAUCCUCAGGAUUGUUACCCAACUUGACAGUCACUCUAGGACCUCUUGCUAUGCCCAUGUAGCAUUCAGGAUCUCGUCACAAGAGAUGGUUCAGAAGAAGAGAACGUCCCUGAAAUACUUUUAAUUGUAUCAGUGACAUUCCGUGAGGCCAACAACUAAAAUGCCAGUCCGCGCGGGUAUGGGACACGGGACCUCUUUGACGGAAAGAUAGGUCAAGUUCACAUGAGAAUCUCCUACCCAUAGGCUGCCAAAUUGGCCAUGAAGAAGCAUAGUGUGUGAACAUGAGAGAAGGUCACAUGGGGAAGAUGUCACCGAACUCGAUAUAUGGAAAGUCAUCUUGGCCAUUGAAAUCCGAGCAGUCUAUUUACUUUGGCGCGGACUAUGGCUCCUCUGGCUGAUUGUCUGAGCAAUCCCAUCAGUGCUGAGGAAGUGUAUGGCUCACCUUUGGAUCCGGUGAGCAUCAGGAAGCAUGAAAGGGAUAUUCAAGAAAAGAAAACAGCCAACAAGUGAGAAUCGCCAGGUACAACCCGAAAUCCCUCUGCCUCACAGAUUUCCCACGCAGGCGAACUGCCGAAAGCCACUUUCGGAUUUUUUCAGAUUUAGCUUCCCAAUGGAUAGCUCACGCCAUUUCAACCACAUUCGGGAUGGUAUCUUCUACACUUUCUCCUCUCCCUGCAUGACAACUGCAUGGCCUUUGACAUCUAAAGUGUUCAAGACCGUUGCUGCACUCCUCUUCUCCAGUGAUUUUUUGACCGGGUUUGGAGCCUCGAAGACUUCGGCCAGUUCCUCGAGGGUCCGGUCUUUGGUCUCGGGAAAGAAGAAGUACAUAACCGACCACUCAACGAGGUCCCAAAAGACAAAGACGAGGUAGAAGUAAUAUCUGAUGUUGGCAAAUGCAGGGCCGGAAGAGUACUGGAUGACGGUGCU